AACGACAGAGCACUGGCUUUUUGAUGGCCGCUGAGGAGGGAGGAUGUGAGGCAAGGGGUAGUCUAGUGGUAAUAGUAUUCUCACGAGUACUGAUUACCGGUUCUUUGGAAAUGGGUAUGAGGUAAAAAUGAAGCACUUCUUCGUCACCUUCUCUUCUUCGUUUCCUUCCGGUGCCGAUGAUGUCUACAACCAUGGCGCCAAACGCUCCACCGAGACCGCGGCUCCCACCCUCUGGGUCCCUCCGUCCAUCGCUCCCACAGCAGUCCCGCGUCAGCCGCCUCGACAUCUUGCACGAGGAAUUCAACACUCAUGCCUUUGUCCACCCCGGCGACGGGCGCGUGCACAUCGCUCUGAACAAGUUAAAGGAUGGGCCAUUAUCUGCGCUACUUUCUAAGCUGAGUAGCAACAAAGAUGGUGACAAUGAUGAUGAUGAUGGUGGUGGUGGUGGCAGUGGGCGGGGCACGGUGAAAGAAAAGAAAAAGGUAGCGUUGGAUGAGAUCACCCCGCCGAGAUUGAAUAUCGUUAUUAUGGUGAUUGGAAGUCGUGGGGAUGUGCAGCCAUUUGUGGCCGUUGCAAAGGUACUUAAGGGGAAGUAUGGACAUAGAGUGAGGCUUGCGACGCACCCCGCCUUUCGAGAAUUCGUUGUCGCAGAGGGUGUGGACUUCUUUAGUGUUGGCGGGGAUCCGGCAGAGCUGAUGGCUUUUAUGGUUAAGAAUCCUGUGAGUGCUCGCAUAUCAUAUCAUAUCCUGGGGGGGAGGGAGAGGGCUGACGGCGUGGGUAGGGUCUGGUUCCGAGCAUCGAGACGAUUAGAGCUGGGGAUGUGGUGCGUCGGAGAGAGCAGAUGUUCGAGAUGUUUCAGGGCUUUUGGAGGGCUUGUAUUGAGCCGAACCAUGGGAGUAAGAGGAAGAGCGGGUCUCGGGGAGGGAGUGUGGAUGAGGAAUCGUAUAGAGGGAGGAAAGGGGCGGAAGCCGCACCAUCUGCUACCGAAGAGAUUAUUAGUGGUGGUAGUGAUGGUGAUGAUGAGGAGGGAGAUUAUCCAUUCAUUGCGGACGCGAUAAUUGCAAACCCCCCGUCCUUCGCACACGUGCACUGUGCGGAAAAGUUGGGGAUUCCAUUGCACUUGAUGUUUACGUUUCCAUAUUCACCAACGCAGACUAUGCCGCAUCCGCUAGCCAUGAUUCAGAGCAGUAAUCUUGGAAGGGACUAUACGAAUGCGAUUUCCUACCCCAUGAUCGACAUGAUGACCUGGCAGGGACUGGGGGAUUUGGUGAAUAAGUUCCGACAAAAGACUCUGGGGUUGGAGCCCGUUGCGACGUUAUGGGCUCCUGGGAUGAUUAGUCGGCUGAAGGUUCCGUUCACAUAUAUGUGGUGUGCAUUCUCCCUUCAAGCUUUCUCACUCCCGGGCAUACUAACCUCAUCCAGGUCGCCAGCGUUGAUUCCAAAGCCCUAUGACUGGGGCGACCAUAUCGACAUCACAGGCUUCGUAUUCCUAGACCUAGCCUCCUCCUUCAAACCUCCACGGGAACUCGCCAACUUUCUCGACGCAGGCCCACCGCCAGUCUACAUAGGGUUUGGCUCAAUAGUAGUCGACGAUCCGGAUGCGCUCACACAAACCAUCUUCGCUGCAAUAAAGUCUACAGGUGUGCGUGCUCUGGUCUCGAAGGGCUGGGGUGGGAUCGGCAGCGAAGAAUCGGCCAUUCCCGAGAACUUGUUUAUGCUGGAUAACACCCCGCACGACUGGCUAUUCUCGAAAGUCUCUGCGGUGGUGCACCAUGGCGGAGCAGGGACGACGGCUAUAGGUCUAUACCACGGCAGACCGACCAUGAUCGUGCCGUUCUUUGGCGACCAGGCCUUCUGGGGCUCUAUGGUUGCGAACGCCGGUGCGGGCGCGGAACCGGUCCCGCAUAAAGAGCUGACGGUAGAGAAGUUGGCAGACGGGAUAAAGAAGCUACUGAGUGAGGAAUGCCAGCUCGCGGCUAGCAAGAUAAGUAAGCGGAUUCGCGAGGACGACGGGGAUGGAGCCGAGAAUGCUGUAAGGAGCUUUUUCAAGGGUAUUGAGGCACUGAAGCAGGGGAAGCGGGGGCUCGGCGAGUCCGGUAAGGUUUGGGGUGAAAGCGGACCGGGUGGGCCCGGGGAAGGGAAGUGGGGGCGUGGAGGUCCGGGCGUUUGCUGCUCGUUUUUGGAAGAGAAGGUUGCGGUUUGGAGAAUCCGGAGGACAACGAUUAGGCUCAGCGCGCUCGCUGCCUGGUUGCUCGUGCAGAGUGGGAAGCUCACGUGGAGAGAUUUGAGACUGUGAGUUUUCGUACCAAUUCUCGUCGGCCCGACUAACCUAAUUGUUCACAGCAUCCGCCACACAGAAUGGAACGACUACGAUGGCCCCGGCGAGCCAUUCACUGGCGGGAUAACUGCACUGGCUAGUUCCAUCACCGGUGUGGCCAAAGGAAUCGUGACAGUCCCCUACAGCUGGUACAAGGGCGCCCGCCGCCUUGAUUCGGAAGGCCUAGACAUUGCCGGCGAUUUCCAUAACAGGAGUAAACCCAGAUCACAGUCCUGCACCACCGCGGAACCCACCCCGCCAAGUCCUGAACCCAAACCACACCAGCCCGCUGACUCCAACUCGUGGAGAACCAAGAGCACCUCCCGCUCCCGCUCCCGUUCAAACUCCCCAAAAGACCCCAUCCCUCUCGAAGUUGUCAAAACCACCUCCAAGGGUCUCUCCAAAGCUGCCCGAGCGGGCGCUCGAGCACCAAUGGAAGUUUCUCUAGCUGUAGCCCAAGGCUUCCACAACGCCCCACGCCUCUAUGGCGACGAAGUGCGUCACCCAUACCGCAUCACAGGCUUCCACUCGGGCCUUCGUGCCGCAGGCAAAGAAUUCGCGCUAGGUGUCUACGAUGGCGUCACGGGAAUUGUUUCGCAGCCGUACCGCGGCGCAAAGGAGGAAGGGGUCAAGGGGUUUGCGAAGGGCCUGGGAAGGGGUGUUGCAGGCGGCGUGUUGAAGACCAAUGCUGCAGCAGCUGGGGUUAUUGGGUUUACACUCAAGGGUUUGCACCGGGAGGUUAGGAAGAAGAGGGAUGAAGGGGUAGGGGAAGAGGUUAGGCAGGAGAGGAUUAGGCAGGGGGAGGCGGAGGUUAGGGAGUUGGAGCGGGAGGGGGAAGAGCAAGUGCGCGAGGUUGGGGAGAGGAUUAAGCACGAGUGGGAUCGUGUGGAGGAGAAGAGGAUCCGGGAGGUGGGAGAUGUUGGGGUUAGGGAUAGGGUUCGUGGGCGGUUGAGGAGGAGGAGGGAGGGGAGGAGGAGGUAA